CACCCCGCUAUGGCUCUGAGGCGCAUCGUUUCUGUGUUGUGCGCCGGCACUCCCCGCCUCGCCCCGCUGUCCACCGCGCCGGCGGCUCGGGAGCAGGUUGCUGCAGGGCGGCAGGCAGUGCCAGGAUGCGGGGCCGCCGAGGCCGCGCGGCCGCCGGUGCCCGUCGUGGACUUCGGCAACACUCAAGAGGCGUACCGCAGCCGGCGCAGCUGGGAGCUGGUGCGCGGCUUGCUGGUGCUGCGCCUGUGCGCCUCUCCCGCGCUGCUGGCGCACCACGAGCAGCUGCUCCAUCUCACCAGGAGACUUCUGGGGCAAAGGCUGUUCGAAAAGCUGAUGAAGAUGACCUUCUACGGGCAGUUUGUGGCCGGCGAGGACCAGGAGUCCAUCCGGCCCCUGAUCCGGCACAACAGGGCAUUCGGAGUGGGCUCCAUCCUGGACUACGGGGUGGAAGAGGAUCUGAGCCCUGAGGAGGCUGAGCGCAAGGAGAUGGAGUCCUGUACGUCUGCUGUAGAGAGGGAGGGCAGUGGUACGAGUAAGAGGGAGAAGCAGUACCAGGCCCACCGGGCCUUUGGAGACCGCAGGGAUGGUGUCGUCAGCGCCCGCACCUACUUCUAUGCCAGUGAAGCCAAGUGUGACAGCCACAUGGAGACAUUCUUGCGCUGCAUCGAGGCUGCAGGCGGAGCCAGUGAUGAUGGCUUCUCAGCUAUCAAGCUCACUGCACUGGGGAGACCUCAGUUUCUGCUGCAGUUCUCAGAUGUGCUGACCAAGUGGAGACGAUUCUUCCACCAAAUGGCUGCAGAGCAAGGGAAGGCUGGUCUGGCUGCCAUGGAUACGAAGUUGGAGGUGGCCGUGCUGCAGGAAAGUGUGGCAAAGAUGGGCAUCGCCUCCAGGACGGAGAUUGAGAACUGGUUCACUGCGGAGACCCUGGGCGUGUCUGGCACCCUGGACCUGCUGGACUGGAGCAGCCUCAUUGACAGCAGGACCGAGCUCUCCAAGCACCUGGUGGUCCCUAACAUGCAGACAGGACAGCUGGAGCCUCUGCUGUCACGGUUCACUGAGGACGAAGAGCUGCAGAUGACGAGGAUGCUGCAGAGGAUGGACAUCCUGGCCAAGAAAGCCACGGAGAUGGGCGUGCGGCUGAUGGUGGACGCCGAGCAGACCUACUUCCAGCCGGCCAUCAGCCGCCUGACCCUGGAAAUGCAGCGCAAGUUCAAUGUAGGGAAGCCACUCAUCUUCAACACGUACCAGUGCUACCUCAAGGACGCCUAUGACAACGUCACCCUGGACGUGGAGCUGGCUCGCCGCGAGGGCUGGUGCUUUGGGGCCAAGCUGGUGCGGGGUGCAUAUAUGGCCCAGGAACGUACCCGCGCCGCAGAGAUUGGCUAUGAGGACCCCAUUAACCCUACGUACGAGGCCACCAAUGCCAUGUACCACAGGUGCCUCAACUAUGUCCUGGAGGAGCUGAAGCACAACACCAAGGCCAAAGUAAUGGUGGCCUCCCACAAUGAGGACACAGUUCGCUUCACGCUGCGCAGGAUGGAGGAGCUGGGCUUGUACCCUGCCGAUCGCCAGGUAUACUUUGGACAGCUACUGGGCAUGUGCGACCAGAUCAGCUUCCCACUAGGCCAGGCAGGCUUUCCCGUGUACAAGUAUGUGCCCUAUGGCCCUGUGAUGGAGGUGCUGCCCUACCUGUCCCGCCGUGCCCUGGAGAACAGUGGCGUUGUGAAGGGCGCCUGGCGGGAGCGACAGCUGCUGUGGCAGGAGCUCAAGCGGAGGCUCCGCACAGGCCACCUUUGCCACCGUCCAGCCUAGUGUUCGUGGGCUACCAUCGUCAUCCACCUUCAGACUCGGCCUCCAGCCCUUGCCCUGUGGGGCUCUGCGUGGCCCCUGGGCCGGUGCACAGCUAUAGCCCAACCCCAGCCUCACGUGGAUUCACCUUUUUAUGCCCCUGAGACCUGCUGGAAGUGGGGCCUCAGCGCCCCUCUGGCCCC